CGCGGGAGACGAUGGAGUUCCCAGCCUCCGCGCUGCGGCCGCACCGCGUCUUCCAAGCUGGCCGCUGGAUCCCAGCUGCGCAACUGGGCGAUGGACAACCUUUGUUUCACGAGGGAACCCAAGUGGAAGUGAGCCGGUCCGAAAAAAGCUUUGGUGAAUCCUGGCGUCCAGCUUCUGUCCUUAAAGUGAUUGGUGCUACAAAUUUCUUAGUGAAGUACACGCAUGUUGGAAACAACGGGGCAUUAGCCACUGAGAUUCUAGAUUCUCAAUAUAUUCGGCCGGCGCACACCGCUCGUAAGUACAGAUUUUCUCGAUUUUCUCGUGUUGAGGUAAUGCAUGAAGGUAGCUGGUGGCCUGGUGUUAUUAUGGAGGUUCCAGUUAGUGGAGUCGGGAAUAAGUAUGUAGUAAAACUGAAGAGCCAUGAGACAUGCAUAGAUGUGUUGACGGUUGAAAAUACGCAGCUAAGGCCACCAUUUUGCUGGGACCGUAAAAACUGGUUACUCUCCCUGGAAAAGAAAUCUGCUACUGUACCUAAGCUGGCUUCUCGAAAAAGGCCAAUUUCUUCAGGCUUGUCAUUACAUAAGGAAGCUGGUGAAACCAGUGAUGAACAUGGUUCUCAUCGUGAAAAGAAGUUGAAGAAUGCAGAGUUAGCAUCAGAAACAAUUCCCCCUUUCUCGGUUGUUUUUAAUCAAAGCUCUGAAUUCAAGCACCAUUUCAGCUCUUAUCCCAAAGAAACAACGAAACAAGGAAAUGCAAUGUUCGCACCUCCUUCAUUGGUGCUAAUGGCUGGAUUUUCACAUCUAAGUGGUUCUUCACUUGCUCAAAUUAGUAGUAUAAAACAAGCAUAUUCUCAGAAGAGUAUCAAGCCGUGUGCACCGGUACCGCAAAGUCGACAGUUACAGGGUUCGCUGUUUGGAACUUUUGGACAGACAAGGCCUCUCCCACAGGACCCACUUCUAGGAAUGCGAUCACGUAACCCUCAGAGUCAAAAGGAAGUGAUAGCUGCUAAAAGUAUCGAGGAAGCCAGAAACAUUGUUUCUAUGCCACAAGACCUGGCCAAGCUGAAAGAUGUUGAUGAUGAUGUUGACGUACGUGAUAAUGUGACUGCUCGACCUGGAAUGAUUUCAGAAAUAAAUACAACGAAUUGUGUUGACCCAUCAAUGACACCAAAGGAUGCUGGAGGUCCGCAACAUGCCGUGUCACAGCAAGGUGGUGGUUCAACCAUGGACAACCGGCUUUCAGAAUCCUUGGCAAUCAAGCAUCUUCCAUUUGUGAAGACCUCUCCAGCGACAAUGGGAGUACUGCCUAAAGCGCCGCAGUUGGAAGCUUUGUUCUGCAGGAAGAAUAUGCACCACACCGAGCCACAAAAUGAUGAUGCUAUGAUGAAAACGUUGGAGGAGAAGAUUGCUCGCAAAGAAGCCGAGGAUAGAGAACUCGGCGCGCGAAUGCGCGUGCUGGCUGUGGCUCUCCAUCAGUUGGGGUUAUAUGCCAGUCUCGUGCGUGACAUGAUGCGGUCCGCUGUUUCCCAGAAGAUAAGCAAUGCUACAGAGAUCUCAAGACUCAAAAGCCAAGCAAGCGAGCUAGAACUCGGUCGGAAGUAUCCGCCUCCGCGCGCGUUAAGGUGAGUUUGGUGGGAACAUCUAUGUCUUGUACAGGUAGUUACUGGUGUUAAGUGG